CGCAACCUGGCAUUCAAUCGUUGAAUCAACCUCGGAGUGAGAAGAAGAAGUGCAUAUAUACCUCCCAGAAUGGCCAGCGGAUUGCGAAUUCUCGUCCCCGUCAAGCGGGUGAUCGACUAUGCGAUCAAACCUCGCAUCAACAAAACCCAGACCGGCGUCGAGACCGUCGGCGUGAAGCACUCUCUCAACCCCUUCGAUGAGCUCUCCAUCGAGGAAGCCGUUCGUCUCCGUGAACGCAAGGGUCCCCUGCAGGUCGAAAACAUUCUCGCCCUCUCCGCCGGUGGCGCGAAAUGCGUGGAUACCCUCCGCACCGCCAUGGCCAUGGGCGCCGACCGCGCCUUCCACGUGGACGUUCCCGACAGCAGUGACGGCGGCCUGGAGUCUUUGACUGUGGCGAAGAUGCUGCAGAACGUGGUCAAAUCGGAGAACAUCAACCUGGUGCUGCUCGGGAAGCAGGCCAUCGACGGUGAUCAGGGCCAGACGGGUCAGAUGCUGGCUGGUCUGCUGGGCUGGCCGCAGGCAACACAGGCCAGUAAGGUCGAGGUCAAGGAUGAUCAGGGUACAAUUGAGGUGACUCAUGAGGUUGAUGGUGGUGUUGAGACCCUCCGGGCCAAGCUGCCCAUGGUUAUUACCACGGACCUACGGCUGAAUGAGCCUCGGUAUGCCAGUCUGCCCAACAUCAUGAAGGCGAAGAAGAAGCCGCUAGAGAAGAAGACGCUGGCGGAUCUUGGGGUAGAUGAUAAGAAGCGUUUGAAGACUCUGAAGGUUACUGAACCCCCAGCCCGACAGGGUGGUGGCAAGGUUGAGGAUGUGGACGGGUUGAUCUCGAAGCUCAAGGAACUUGGCGCUCUGUGAUUUUAAAAUGCGGUGAUUAUUUAUGUUUCGCUAGACCAUUGGCCCUGUUACUGAACUAUGAUUCCACUGAUACAGCCAUGGUGUAUUCUACUAUUCUUUGAAUGAAUGCUUCCAUUAACCUUGUACCUCCUAAUAGCACCAGGACCUAGUAGGAAGUUUAGAGAACAAGUUGUAUAGUUGUUUUUAUAUCGUGAUAUACAACCUCUAUGAUGCUACUGUUAUAUAUAUUUAUAGGACAUGUUUCACAUCUUAUUACAUCAUUGUUGGCCAUAGUUUUUGAUCAACAACUUUCUGUCAUGGAGCUACCGCUGUUGAUCUACAGAUACGCCGCACCAGCUGGAUCUCUA